AUGCCCCUCGACAGGAUACCAGGGGACGACAACCUCUACAUUGGCAGCGCCUUUGUCGUCGGCCAGGAGAAACUGCUCGACAGCCACAAAAUCUCGCACAUCCUGUCGGUGCUGCAGUACACGCCCAAGGAGAAGGCCGACAUUGCCGCACGACCACAGACGCGGCCACGCACGCGCAUUUUUGUAGACGUGGACGAUGUCGAGGAGGAGGAUCUGCUGGUGCACUUCCCACGCAUCGUGCGCUUCAUCGACUUUGGUCUCGCGUCGGGAAACCGGGACGGCGAUCGGGACGGCGGGGCCAACGACGGCGGCCACGCGGCGGACGGUGCCCGGAAUGGCGCCGUCUAUGUGCACUGUGCCAUGGGAAAGUCGCGGUCUGCGACGGCCGUGAUAGCCUACCUGCUGUGGAAGCGCCCAGAACAGUUUCGGAGCGCAGAGGGCGAUGGCCACGACGACGGCCACGACACCCCCAAAGCGACACAGCGCUACCCGCCGGCGGUCGCCGAAGACGCGUUGCGGCGAGCCCUGGCCUUUGUGCGCCAGGCCCGGCCGCUGGUCGAGCCCAACCCAGGCUUCAUGCGCCAGCUCGUCUUGUGGUGGCACAUGGGCUGCCCUGCAGACGCGCCGGACGCCGUCGAGCGGCGGCCCGCGUACCAGCGCUGGCUCUACGAGAAGGACGUGGAGGAGAGCACGCGCAUUGGACGGGCGCCAGGCCGGCUCUGGUUUGGCGACGAGGCGGUGGCGACGGCACCCGACAAUGUGGACGCGGGCGAGGACGCUGGGUCGCAGAAUGAUGAUGUGCAAAACACGCCGUCGUCCCAGACCAUCCAACUGCGCUGCAAGGUGUGCCGUCGCGUGCUGGCCGGCUCGCAGUUCAUCGUCCCGCACGACCCACCGGCGCAGACGCAGUCCACCGCCGCCUGCAACCACCACUUUGUCGAGCCGCUGUCGUGGAUGCGCCCCACCCUGGAAGAGGGCGCGCUCGAGGGCCGCCUCGUGUGCCCCAACACGCGGUGCAACGCGGUGGUCGGCCGCUACUCGUGGCAAGGGUUCAAGUGCACGUGCCGCGCGUGGGUGUGCCCGGCUUUUUCGCUGCAGCCGAGCCGCGUGGACCGGAUUGUGGUGAAUUCAAGUGCGAGUGCGGGUGUAAAAGGAACAGCUCCGAACCUACACAACAUCCGAUCGCCGCCGGGCACCAAAGGGCCGAGCAAAGUAUAG